AUGGCGACGGCUGCACAAGCAUCGGCUGCACAGGCGGCGCCGGCGGAGCCGGGUCAGGCAGAGAUCGAUGAGAACCGCAAGCGAAAGCUAAGCAUGUUUUUGCGCGAGCUGUGGCGGGCUGGGGCCAUUCAUGGAUUCAAACACAUUGAGCUCUAUUUGCGGGGCAAGGAGGAGCUGAUCGUGACAGUGGCCAAUGAAAUAUCCACAGCUACACCCGUGGCUUCCCUGGCCUCUUCUUUGCAGAUGAAGAGACUGCCUCGCAACCAGCAGUCGUUGAUGCUCUCCGCCGGCACGCAGCGCGUGUUGAGCGGUUACGGCUAUAUUGACGUUGGUCUCCCGCCAGCCAGCCCCAGCGCACUGGAGGAGCACGUGGACCCCAACACUACUGUCUUUUUGAUUGCUGGAUACAGCCGCUAUUCGUGUCCUUACGUCUGGGUACGAAACAACCACGAGCGGCUGGUGCACCUGGCAGACAAGGAUGCAGCAAGCAAGGACAGUCCCCUGCGGCUCAAGACCACCUCCACGUGGCUGUCUGAUGAUGUUAGUAUUUGGGAUAUGAUCGCUGAGCUGGUCGAGCUGUGCACUGUGCCCACACCGCUCAAUCCCUUUUCCCUGGAUUUUGAAUAUCUGGAAAGGUGUGCUUUUCACACCACACCCUUCAACACUCUGGCACCAGCAAUUGUAAUGGUCAUUUUUGGGGUCAUCCUGCAACGAUUGUAG